GCCAUGAGAUAGAGCCGGCGGCGGAGCGAGGAGCCCCGCGGAGGAGGGCGCGGGGCGGGGGGGAAGCGGCGGAGAGCGACGCGACCCCCCGGCCGCCCGCGGGUCGUAUGUUCAGGUCCAAACGCUCAGGGCUGGUGCGGCGACUUUGGAGGAGCCGCGUCAUUCCGGACAGGGACGGCGGAGAUGGGAGCGCCAGGAGCUCGGGCCACCACGACCUCGGAGCCGGCGGGAGCUGCAAGAUCGCGGAGCGGAGCCCCUCGGUAGCGCGCUCGCUGCUGCUGCGGGAGGCGGAGGAGCGGGGCGAGGCGGCGCCGCGCGGGGACCCCAUGGCGGAGCGGCGCGGGGCCCGGCUCCGCAACCCCGCCGGGGCCCCGGAGAGCGACGGCCGGACCGUGACCUGCUGCCUGUUCUCGGAGCGAGAGCCGGGCGGCCCCCAGCCACCCCCCGCCGCCGCCGCCGCCCCCUCCGGCCCCGACGGCGCGGCCGACGGCGGCUCCCCGGAGCGGCGGGGCCGGGAGGCGCGGGCGCGGCUGCUGCUGCUGGAGCAGGAGCUGAAGGCCGUCACCUACUCGCUGCUGAAGCGGCUGAAGGAGCGCUCGCUGGACAGCCUGCUGGAGGCGGUGGAGUCCCGCGGGGGGAUGCCCGGAGGCUGCGUCCUGGUGGCCCGCACCGAGGUGCGCCUGGGGGGCCUGGCGGCGCCCCCGCACCUCCUCCUGGGCAAGCUGUUCCGCUGGCCCGACCUGCAGCACCCCGCCGAGCUGAAGCCCCUCUGCGAGUGCCAGAGCUUCGGCGUCGCCGACGGACCCACCGUCUGCUGCAACCCCUACCACUUCAGCCGCCUCUGUGGGCCAGAGUCUCCACCACCUCCCUACUCUCGGCUGUCUCCUAAUGAUGAGCAAAAGCCACUGGAUCUAUCAGAUUCCACGUUGUCUUACACUGAAACAGAGGCUACAAACUCGCCCAACGUCACGCCCGGAGAUUUCUCAGAUGCCAGCACGUCGCCCGAUGCCGUGAAGAGGAGCCAUUGGUGCAACGUGGCCUACUGGGAGCACCGGACGCGCGUCGGCCGCCUCUACACAGUGUACGAACAGUCUGUCAGUAUCUUCUAUGACCUACCUCAAGGAAACGGCUUCUGCCUCGGACAGCUAAACCUGGACAACAGGAGCGAGACUGUGAGAAGGACUCGAAGUAAAAUCGGCUACGGGAUCUUGCUCAGCAAAGAGCCGGACGGCGUGUGGGCCUACAACCGCAGCGAGCACCCCAUCUUCGUCAACUCCCCGACACUGGACAUCCCCAACUGCAGGACCCUCAUCGUGCGCAAGGUCAUGCCGGGCUACUCCAUCAAGGUGUUUGACUACGAGAAGUCCUGCCUCCUGCAGCACACGGCCGACCUGGAUUACGCAGACGGGCCCUACGACCCCAACAGCGUCCGGAUCAGCUUCGCCAAAGGUUGGGGGCCCUGUUACUCCAGACAGUUCAUCACGUCCUGCCCGUGUUGGCUGGAGAUCCUACUCAGCAACAAUCGAUAACGGUCGGCCCUCUGAUGAAAGGAAAGACACACGGAAUAAAAAAAACACCCCCCCCCCCCCAAAAAAAAAGACAAAAAAAAAAGAC